AUGACAAACGGGCACCCGUUUGUCAUUCCAAACCUCCUUCCAGGGCUACCGCCGGCGAUCAUUAGACUGGGUACCAAGUCGGGCUGGGUGACCGGCGCUGCUGCGGGACCUGCGGCUGUCCCGCACAGCCCAGCGAGCGGGGACCCCGAGUCACCUGCCCGGGCGGCUAGGCACGGGCACCCCGAGCCCGCAGUGGUGCCGGCACAGAGCUUCACCUCCAUGGCCGCUGCCUCCCCUCCCAUGCUCCCGAGCCUCCGCAGGGACAGUAAACACAGCCCAGCUCUGGGGUUUUCAGAGGCGCGGAGUUUCCCUGUCCUUCCCCCCGACGCUGACACUUUUCCCAGCAACUUCUUGCCCUCCGCGCCCAAGAGAGAGCAAAGUGUGCAAUACACAACUGCGGAGCGACUGGACUCGGACUGCCCGGGCUCCGCCACGCCAGCCGCCGCCCCCGCGCUGGGCUAUGGGUAUCACUUUGGCAAUGGAUACUAUAGCUGCAGGAUGUCCCACGGGGUCGGGAUACAGCAAAACGCCCUGAAGUCUCCCCCCCACGCCUCCAUUGGCGGCUUUCCUGUGGAAAAGUACAUGGACGUCUCCAGCUUGACCAGCACGAGUGUCCCCGCCAAUGAAGUCUCCUCCAGGGCAAAGGAAGUGUCCUUCUACCAGGGCUAUACAACCCCCUACCAGCACGUUCCUGGGUACAUAGACAUGGUCUCAACGUUUGGCUCUGGGGAACCGAGACACGAAACAUACAUAUCAAUGGAGGGCUAUCAGUCCUGGACUCUGGCUAAUGGCUGGAAUAGUCAGGUUUACUGUGCCAAAGAUCAGACACAGAGCUCGCACUUCUGGAAAUCGUCCUUUCCAGGGGACGUUGCACUAAACCAGCCCGAUAUGUGUGUCUACCGGCGCGGGAGGAAGAAGCGAGUGCCGUACACAAAACUGCAGCUUAAAGAACUCGAAAAUGAAUAUGCCAUUAACAAGUUCAUUAACAAGGACAAGAGGCGAAGGAUAUCCGCAGCCACAAACCUGUCUGAGAGACAAGUUACCAUUUGGUUUCAGAACAGGAGGGUGAAGGAUAAGAAAAUAGUCUCCAAACUGAAAGACAACGUAUCCUGA